UAUUACAGUAUUUACAAUUUAGGAAGCGCCAGUCGUCCACCAAAAUAGACAUCCCUCUAUCUCGAUCUCCUGCAGUUUGUCGUUGUUUUGAUGACAUAAAUUGGUCGCUGAAGGGUCUUGUUCAUCCCCCAUCCCUGUUUACAACCACACUGCUCAAUUAUGACAGAAAUAGUGCCGUGCCUGUUGAGGAUUGGUGACAAUGUCAAGAAAUACAAACUGUUCAAGCUGAAUCGAGAACAGGUCACAAUAGGCAGGUCAGGAGAGGUCACUUAUGCCAUCUUGUCAAAUAUGAUUUCCCGCUGUCACGCCAUGGUCAAACAACAAGAAGAUUCAUCGUGGACCAUCACAGACAACAAGAGUUUGAAUGGCAUUUACAUAAACGGCCGUCGGCUGGCCCCUAUGCAACCGCACCUGCUGCAUGAUGGAGACAUGGUUCAGUUCGGGAUACCUGUGUCACCUGAUGCUCCUGCAGAGUUCAUCUAUAAAUUUUAUUCAUCCCUUAAGGUGAGGACGGAGAAAAAAGCCAAGAAACAGAAAUGUGACCCAGAUGUUGAUUCUCAGAGAGCCACCUUGAGUGCCAGCGAGUCCUUUGAGAGAGAUGAAGAAAGGGAGAAGAAAAGGAAAUCAGCUUUGCUAAAGCCCCCAGAUGAGGCAAAGCAGGACUCGGCAAACAAAGAGCUACGCCAGCAAAUGGAAGUUUCUCAGCAGGAGCAGGCAGCCAAAGAGGCCGAAUACCAGGCCAAACUUGCAGAAAUGGAAAGGCUGCUGAUGGAGAAGGAGAAGAAACAAGAAGAGGUCCAACAACAGCUGGAGCAGGAGCGGAAAGAGAAAGAGAAUCAGGCGAAAGAAGUGGAAGAAUUGAGGAUGAAAGAGGCGGCCAUUUUGAUGGAAAUGGAAGAUAAGCAGAAGCAGCUGGAGAAGGAAAAAGAAGAACUUCGGUUGAAGAUGCAAGCUGAGCUGGAGUCGAAUCUUCGAGAGCGGGAAGCUGCUUUAUUAGGACAACUGGCCGUCCAGAAAGAAGUCUUGUUGAACGAGAAAAAACAGGUGGAAGAAAGUCUUCAGAAGGAAGUGGAGAAGGCUAUUGAAGAAAAAAACAAAGAGCUGGAAGAACAACUGAUGGAACAAAAGCAAAAAUUAGAAAAGGUGCUGGAGAAGAAGGAGAUGGAGCAAAAGCUUUUGGAAAGUCAGUUAAAUGAAACCAAGGAAGAGAGCGAGACCGCAAAACUACAAGCCCUGAAAGCGAGAGAGGAGGUCCUCUGCAAUUUUGUUGAUCUCAUGGAAAUGGAAUUGCAGUGCUCAAUCUGUAACGAGCUGUAUAUAAAAGCAACAUCGCUGAACUGCUCGCACUCCUUCUGCAAGCUGUGCAUCAACCAGUGGUUGAAAGUGAAGAAGGAAUGUCCCAACUGCCGGCAAGCAGUCACCUCCCAGAUGCAGUCUAUCACCCUGGACAGUUACAUCGACAAGAUGGUGGAACAACUAAACGACGAGCUGAAGCAGAGGAGAAAAGAGUUGGUGGCACAGAGGAAAGUUGAGCAAGACAAGUUUGACGGCCUUGCUGCUGGUCCGUCAGCCCCACUGGCUAACCCCGCGGUCGCUGUCGCAGCAUUCGUUCCUGCACCGCCCAGGGGCAGAGGGCGGGGUUCAAGGGCCAGGGGACGAGCGACCACGCGCUCUCAGCGCGGCAGGAGGAUCACAGGCGCGGCCGCAGCGGUGGUGGAGCGGUUACAGGCGCUACAGGGGCAGAGGCCAGGAGCAGUAGUGACCACCACAGCAACAGUAACUGCGACGGGCACGGAACGGUUACAGGCGCUACUUGCCCAGAGGCCAGGAGCAGCAACCACGGCAACAGCCACCGCGACAGGCGCGGAACGGUUACAGGCAUUACAGGCGCAGAGGACAGGAGCAGCGACCAUGGCGACAGGUGCUGAACGGUUGCAGUCGAUACUGGCCCAGAGGUUGGGAGCGACGAUGGCCACAGCCACCGCCACGACGGCCACUGCCGCUGUUGUGACGUCUGCCACGGCGUUGGCUUCCGUGACAACUGCCACUGCUUCCCUGAGUGGCGUUGCUUCUACCACCACAGCGUCAACCGCCUCCUCAUCCACCGCCGCAGCAAGCACGAGCGGCGGGCCAGACAUCAUAGAAGUGAGCGAUGAAGACUUGGCUGGCCUUGGAAGAACGGCUGUGGGUUUUCAGACCUCGGAACCGAUUGAUGUGGACAGCGAUGACUCUAACAAUAGCCACGACAGCGACGACUCCAACAAUAGCAACGACAGCGAGUACUACCGGCUCAGGAUGCGCGCCCGUGGAAGGUACCGCAGAGGGUAUUCGUCCAGUGAUGAGUACGGAGACAGUGACUCGGUGGAAGGAGCUCCCGAUGCCUACUAUGGUGGCUAUGGCAGAUGUCAUAACUGUGGCGCCCGUGGUCAUUGGGCAAAUGGAUGUCCACAGUAGGAGCUGGUGCUGGAGUUUGUGCGUGCAAUAUCUGACUACGCUUGUAAAGAUACAGGAUCCUUCACCACUGUCCUGCCAGUUCUCUAGCUGUGCCUGGGGGUAGUCAUGUCGAACAGAAGAAAGUUCUGUGGCUGAAAACAGAUGUUUUCUGUUAAGCUGGAUUCGGUCCAGCGUUGUAUCGAUAAUGUGAAUAAUUUGUUAAUGUUACAUCUCGGAAAGUCAAUGCGAUGAAAAAUAAAUUCUGCUGAUGAUUCAUGCUGAUAACGGUAUCUCUUAUGCUCAAAUAAAGCAUCAAUAAUAAUGA